AUGUCGAACAUGGAAACGCCAGAGGCCAGAGAGCUAAGCCUGGUUGGCAAAGUCGAGAUGCGUAUAGCUCUCGCAAAUGAUGCCUCUCUGGGCAAGACGUUGAAUAUUUAUCUCGCUCCAUUAUUGCUCAAGCUUGCCUCGGAGUUUGUGAGUGUGCGAAACAAAGUCAUAUCCGUCUGUCAGCACAUCAAUACUAGAAUCAAACCACCGUCGAUAAAGCUUCCUGUAGCUACGCUUCUCAGGCAGUAUAAAGACAAUCAUAACGCUUUGGUCCGCCACUUCGAUCUCUUAUACAUCCAACAAGGCAUUGAUAGACUAGCUAUUUCUGAACGUCUUGAUCUUCUUCCGACUCUUCUACAUGGCUUGCGAUCUAAUGCCGAGGAGUCUGCCACACAUGCAGCUUCCCUGUUUAACCUUUUGCUCAAACUUCUUCACAGCAUGACGCUUCCUGCACGCGGGAGUAAGGAAGAUGUCGAUCUAAGGGAGGGCCUUGGAUUAAGCGACAAAGCCGACGAUGCAGUCUUUGUCGCUACGUGGCUAGGGAAGCUCAUGUUGUUUGGCAUUGGCCAAGCUGGUACUACUCGCUGUCCAGGUUUAAACACGGAGGACUGUAGAUUCCUACAGCUCUACGGCAAGAAAGAAACGUGGACACCAAACGCAAUGGGUGGAUUGAACCUCGUGGAGACCAAAGUCGUGUCUGCUAAGUUCCUCGCCAGUGGGGCUUUUGUUGAUACUGAACGCUUUCUACCGGCAUUGUUUGCUUCAGCUGACCCCAACUCGCGUCUCUCCGACAUUGGAGAUGAUAUCCUGAAACGAGCAAACUCUGCUGUCUCUUUCGAAGAUCCGAUCUUAGUGCAGCAGCUAUAUGAAAUUUACUUAGGUACAAGGGGUGCAGAAGGAUCUCUUCCAGCUCGAGUUCCUCUGCAGACGAAGAUUCUCACACUUCUGUGCAAGUCCAAGCUCGCUUCUUCUUUCGUUCCGCAGAGCAUCCAGAUUGUUCAGGAAGGGCUUGCAGCCCCCAAAAGUGCCCAGCAGGACACUAGCAUCUCGGCACCAAAACAAGGCCUCGAAGCCUCGAAGCUUAGAGGCCAGAUCUUCGCUUUUACAAAUUGGCUUGCACGAAUUAGCUCGCCGGCCGAUCUCAACGCGUUUGCACCGGGUUUGGUGAAUCAGCUCCGGACAUAUAUCGAGAAUCAAGGCUGGCCACGGUAUGACACCGAAAAAGCCAUGCCAAGCGCAGGAGAAUUGACCUCACGCGCUUUCGGAUAUGAAAGCAUCGGACUCCUCGCCGGGGCCUGCCCAGACAAGCUUCUGCUAGAACCCGAACUCGAUCUUCUUCAAUGGCUUUUCAUGUCUCUUAGUGAAGAUCCAUCAGGCAAAGACGUAUCUAUUAGUAUUGAGCAAGCUCUGAGUAGUGUGCUUAGAGGGUUUGAUGCCGACCUAAGCCCCGAUCUUGAGUCAUCACUGACCUCUUUGUUGUUGCAUUAUAUGGGUUUACAUCCCCUCGAUCCUAGCGACGCCGAAGGUUCAAACACUAACAUUGUCCGAAGCACUCGUUAUGUUGCUGUUCGGUUUGCCAACCGUUGCCUUCCAUAUAGGAGUGCAACUGCUCGAUGGAUUGACAUCCUCGCUGUUGACGGCGGCGUCAAUGAGCGGAGUGAGGUCCUCGAGGAAGGGAGGAAGGGUCUGGAUCCUUACUGGUAUAGAAUGUUGAAUCCAACCAACGAUGAUGAUUUCCCAAGCGAACGAUCUCUCCAAGCCCGGAAAUACGAUCCUCCUGGCUUUCCAGAAUUGAUGGAGAGGAUUUUCGGUGCUGGAUCAGUCUGGGAUGUCACCAACAACAGCAGCAGCCUUGAUCUGGCCAACGCUUACUUACCUGCUCUCACGUUCUGUCGCUGUAUUUUACUGCAUCAAGCUUUGACAGCUACGAAAAGAUCUCCAAUUAUAGAUAGCGACUGGGAGCGAAACAUAGACGCUCUAAUAGCAAACGAUGAAGACGCUCGGAAUAGUCUCAAGGAAUACUUUCGCAAGUACUCGAAAUUCUCAAGCGAAAAUCAAGCAGCUCCCAGGGCACUCAAAACGUAUCUGCAGGCAUCAUACACUGGUAUGAUUUGUUCAAAAGGUGAAGAUGCCAAUAGAGGUGGAAACUUCCUCCUGGAACUUUGUCCUCUCCUUCCCUGUGCGGCCUACAUCUAUCUCUCGGCAAACAUCAUGAGUCUACAGGGACCUAUAUUUUCCACCAGGAAGACAUUGCGUGAAACAGCUUCGCAUGUUUUCGGUCUGUUGGCAAGUCUCGAAGAAUGUUCGAAAAACGAAACCCAGAAGAUGUUGAAGGUCUUUGACCAAAAGGUCCGGUCGUGGCGUCAAGCCAUUGGGAACGAGGCCCUUCAAGUACACGGCUCGAUCCUUACCACAGCAUACUUCCUGAGUAGGUCAGUCUCCCGCCACAAUACUCCUUCAGACUUCGAGGAGAAGCGGUCGGCCUUCAUUGCCAAUAUCCUGGAAGUUCUUAAUGAUAGCCGUGAUAAAAUGCUUUUGGAUGCAGUUUUCAUUGCUGUUUCGGAACUCGCUCUCUUUGGCGCGCUGACCCCCGAGUCCCUUCCGGAGCCAUACAAUGUUCGCGACUUGGUUCAAAAAUCCAUUGAAAAAGCCAAAGAGGGAGACGAAAAGGCUAUAACGGCCUUGGGCCAUCUUGCACUGCAAUGUAGGGAAGAGUCAGACGAUGACGCGAUACUGUCUCACAUCAUCGAACAGCUCUACGACUUGCAUAGUGUUAGACAACCUGAAGUGCAAUUCGCUGUUGGCGCUGCACUGUGCUGCGCUGCAAUAGGAUGGCAGUCGAAAUCGUUGGUUUCAGCCUUGGAUAUCCAGGGCCCUGUUCCCAUGUCGCCAGCUCGAGCAAAGACUUCUGCAUCAGUUCUCGACGACGUGCUUUUAAAGUGCAAAGCCAGCAAGCCAGCCUUGCGACAAGCUUCGGUGAUUUGGCUCCUAUGCUUGGUACAGUACUGCGCGCACAUGCAGGAAAUCCAGGGUCGAUUACGGGAGUGUCAGGUGGCCUUUAAAGGCUUCCUUGCCGAUCGCGACUCGUUGAAUCAAGAGUCUGCUUCGCGAGGUCUAGCUCUCGUGUACGACAAAGGGGAUAAAUCUCUAAAGGAUGAUUUGAUACGAGACCUCGUCUCCUCAUUUACUGGAAACGCUGGCCUUGCAGGGAAAGGAAAUGUAUCCGAAGACACCGAGUUGUUUGACUCUGGAGCUCUUCCAACGGGCGAAGGUUCGGUAACAACAUAUAAAGAUAUCAUGAGUCUUGCUGCUGAGGUCCAGGAUCCCAGUCUGGUGUACAGAUUCAUGUCACUUGCGUCAAACAAUGCCAUAUGGUCCGAAAGGGCUGCCUUUGGAAAGUUUGGGCUCACUAAUAUAUUGAGUGAUGCCUCUACGGAUGGCUAUCUAACACAAAAUCCAAAGAUUUAUCCAGCCCUUUUUCGAUAUAGAUUUGAUCCUAACACAAACGUUCGAAACUCGAUGAACGACAUCUGGGCUGCCAUUGUGAAAAAACCAGCAAAGACAAUCGACCUGCACUUUGACAGCAUCAUGAAUGACCUUCUCAAAAAUAUCCUUGGCAAGGAAUGGCGUGUCCGUCAGGCCAGCUGCGCCGCUAUUGCUGACCUCAUUCAGGGGCGGCCGUUUGGAAAGUACGAGAAGUAUCUGACACAGACCUGGGAGCUUACUUUCAAAGUCUGCGAUGACAUCAAAGAGUCUGUCCGUGGUGCCGCAAUGUCCCUAGCACGAGUCUUGACCGGCGUGUUGACACGUGGGCUCGAAGCCGGCGAGUCGUCUGCUUCGAGUGCGGAGAAGAUGCUGAAACAGGUGCUACCAUUCCUGCUAAGCCCGUCCGGCCUGGAAUCAGGUGCUCCCGAAGUACAAGACUUUGCCAGGAAAACGUUGCUGAAGAUCAUAAAGAGCAGUAACGGAAAGACGUUGCGCCCUUUUGUCCCAGAUCUCGUGGGCCGCUUACUCGCACUUUUAAGUUCCAUCGAGCCCGAAAUGAUCAAUUAUGUCCAUCUCAACGCUGAACAAUACGGUCUAACAGCGCAGGAGCUCGACGACGCCCGCCUAAAAAACAUUCAAGGAUCUUCGAUGCUUGAGGCUAUUGAGCGAUGUCUCGAUUUCCUAGAUGGGGAUUCGAUGCCAGAGCUACAGCAAAGUCUUGAGAAUGCCAUCAAGACCGUGGUCGGCCUUCCUUCUAAGGUUGGUUGCAGCCGUGUGCUCGUCACUCUUUCCACACGACAGAACUUCAUCUUCAAGCCUCAUGCAGAUCACUUUCUUUCUCUUGCUCUGAAACAAGUGUUUGACCGAAAUGACACAAUUUCGUCAUCGUAUGCCGCAGCAUGUGGCUAUCUUACAAGACUGUGUUCUAAUGAGGCCAUCUUGAAUCUUGUGGACUCUGCCCGGAAAUUGUAUUUCGGUUCGGAUGAAGAUCGGCACCGAGUGAUCUCCGGAGACUUAAUCUAUGCGAUGUCAAAGCAUGCCACUGACCGAUUCAAUUCCCUUGCUGGGGACAUUUUGCCAUUCGUGUUCGUUGCAAAGCAUGAUACUUCCGACCGAGCGAAGACACUCUUCGAGGACACGUGGAGCGAGAACGUUGGGGGAUCCCGAGCAGUCUUGCUGUACCUGAAAGAAAUUGUCGGCCUGGCAUCACAACAUUUGAACUCCGCUCGUUGGUCUAUCAAACAUACCUCGGCAUUUGCUGUUGCAGAUGUUGUUACUUCGUCUGGUAGUGCCAUUACCGAUGCCAAUGCUAGGAUGGUAUGGCCAGCUCUCGAAAAGGCGUUGUCAGGCAAGACGUGGGAAGGAAAGGAGAUCAUCAUGAAGGCCUUAAUCCACCUCGCAAGGAACAGCACCUUUUGGUCGACGGACCAGGGGGUGGGAGAGCAGUUUGAAAAGAUUGUACUGCGGGAAAGCAAGAGGAACAACCCUGUCUUCCGUCAACAUGCAGUAGAAUGCCUAGGAGAUUUCGUCGAAGUGCGCGAGACGGUUGAUAUGUUCCCACAAGUCUUGGGAGUGACGAAGCCAAUCAUCGAAGAGAUGUUGAGCGACUCAGACGAGAUGGACAUUGAUUCAAAGUCAGGAGGGCCGUCUUCCAAAACUGUCAUGGAGCUGACGCUGGCUAACGCAUCGACUGCCUUACUGAAAUCCGUCAAUCCUCGGGAAAGGAGUGAAGGGGACCUAGUCUCAAGCCUUACUGAGACUUUCCGGCUUGUGAGUCGAGUCAGGACUGGAAUGGCAAGCAGACUCACGCUCAAUGCGAUUUAUGACGGACAGAAGGAGUUGUUCGAAAGACUCAAUAAGGUACAACAUGGGGCAUUGUCUGGGCCACUCGAGACCAUCCUGGUGGAAUACGUGAAGCAACUUUUCGGCUCGAGCGAACAAGUUGAACAGACGCGUCUCAAGGCGUCCGAGGCAGCCAUAGCAGUGGCGCCCAUAGUUCACAAAGGAACACGUAUCAAAGCAGCGUUGACUGAGGAUUUAGCCACGGCACGGGCACAGGAGCGCUCUGUGUCCGUUCAGCAAAAUCUCGAUCGAGCAAGGAAGAUAGUGGAUGGAUGA